AUGCUGAACUUGAGUGGAUUUAUUCCUCACUACUUUAACAACAUUAGUGCCUUAAUGGUAUCAGCAUAUGACAUUCGUUACGGCAUUUAUGCACAAGUAAGCCUUCAAGACAUUAAGGGAGGAAGAGAAGUUGAGUAUUCACCAAAAAGCAUUCGGUUUGUUAAAUCCGUAAGCCUCUCAGCAAAUAAUUUAGUUGGCGAGGUCCCUGAUGGGAUAAUGGAGCUGGUUCAAUUGCAUGUUUUGAAUCUUUCACAGAAUCAUUUGACUGGAAGGAUCCCCGAGAAGAUUGGCAACUUGAAGCAACUUGAAACACUUGAUCUAUCAAUGAAUGCACUCUUCGGUGCAAUCCCUGAAAGCUUAUCUGAUUUGUACUCAUUGAACUCUCUGAAUUUGUCACACAAUAAACUUUCAGGGCCAAUACCAUCCGGAAAUCAUCUUCAGACCUUGACCGAUCCAUCCAUCUAUGAAGGAAACAGUGGACUUUGUGGAAACCCGCUCCCAAACAACUGCUCGGAACACAAAUUGCCUACCAAAAAUGGGCCUGUUGAUGAUGAUGAAGGCCACAACGAAUCUGAUUGGUCUUGGUUUUAUGCUGGAAUGGGACCGGAAGUCAUGGCGCUAUGCAUACUUCAAGUUUAUAGAAAGUACCUGUGA